AUGGACGCAUCUGCUAAUUCCUCUCAUCCUUCCCGCGACAAACGUAUCAAGUCAAUCAUAGCUUUCUGUCAUGAUCUCCAGAAGCGGUUACGUAACAAGAACGACGACCAGGCACUGAAGGAUCUUACAGAUGGGCUGAAGGAUCAAAUCGACACUAUUAAGCCCUACGUUGUGAAGCAUCCAGGUUCACAUCGCCAUACACAGCUUGAUGAGGUCGGCAAAGACCUCUGGAAUUGGUGUGUUGAUGCCAACCAUAAAAGUGACGGCGAUGUUUCGCCAGCAAGACACAAAUUAUUGACCUCGGUUCGGGUAUUCUCUUUUCUAAUUCUAGCACUGGCUCAACGGAGUGACCACAAUACACCGAAAGAUCUCCUUCGCCUGGAAAAAGUGGCAAUUAAAGCCGGCAGAUCAUGCAUUGUGAACGGCGAGCUCGACUUCGCGCGCACGGUUCUGCAAAAAGCCGCGGAAUAUGACGGGUUGCUACAGAAUAUGCAGGCAAAAUUACCGACCGAAGAGUUAAACGAAUUCAAAAAAUCACAGGCAGAAUAUUUGACACUUCGUACAGUGCUAGCCUGGAAAGAAAACCGCCUAGAUGUAGCCGACCAUCUCUACGAAAAGAUACAAGACCACAAUAAUGAUAUUAUUGACCCCGAGUCGGUGGGGAACUUAGCCGAUGCAUUUUACGAGAUCGGAAAAGAUCUAACAGCUCAGAGAAACUUCCCACUGGCAGCGAAAUGGCUGGAGAGAGCUUACGAAUGCAUCAACAUCCAAGAGAUUGAACGGUUAUCCAGGGAAGUUGUCGAACUAAGAUUAGCAAUUUCGCAGGCUCUUGUUCGCGCAUAUCUAGACGUAAAGACGGAAGAUGGCUUCCAAAAGGCCGAAAAUCAUGUCGGCUACAUCGAGUCUGAGAUCGGUGACAAGCUAGUUGUUCUUUUACUUAGAUUGGAACUCCUACUCAGCUCGCCUGCUGAAGUAUUCGAUAGUGGUGCGUAUGCUGACAUCCUCCGACGAAUGAUUAGAAGCCUUGACGUUUCCGAAUCAAGCUUCAAUCUCAUUAUGCAUCACAUACGUAAGCUGGAAGAUAAAAGCCCGAGCCUCGCCGUCUCGGUACUUGACGAUUUUAUAACAUCGAGAGUCCUACCCACUCAACACGAAGAAUGGGUCGAACGAACCGUCGUGCUUCGCGCUCAGAUGGCUACAACGCAUCGCGACACUCAUGGAACGAUACAAGAGCUCACAGCCACGUUCGAUAGUGUCGCGGCUAAUUUAGAGAAACCACUGUCAGCUGCUGUUGUUCUGGCCAUACAAAUACUCAUGUGGAAGAAAAUUGACGCAUCGUUCAGUCAACAAGAGUUGGCCGUAACCGAGAGAUGGUGUCGGGUGGCUAUGCAUUCAGCUCUGUGCCAUUCCGGACCGGCCAAUACCGCGAAAAUAGCUAGGAAAUUGCUUAGUUGCGCACUCCAAAGGAACGACCUAGGUAAUGCUAUAGAAACAUUCCGAUCUAUGAGUGAAUCAGCUAGACGAGAGCCGAUGACACUAUAUCUCGGGUAUAAAUUAGCUCUAAGGAGCAGAGACCGAGAAAUGGCUUCCGACUGCUUAAAGAAUAUCAGCGAGGCCUCACUUAAUGAUCCUCAAUACCUUUAUGCCUGUUGCAUGGAUGCACAGGAAGCGGAGGACAAGGAGUGUGCAAUCGAAGCAUUGCGAUAUUUGAUUUCGAGGUCUGAAUAUAGUUCUUCGGAUGUCAUCCAUCUACCCGCCCUGUUACGCGUCAUUAUACGCCUCGAGUUAUCGCUUAUAAAUACCCAAGGUUCGGAGUCUGCCGGCCAAAAUUUGCUAGUAGAUGAUAUCUGCGAAGCCUUUGAAUGCGCUGUAACAGCGAUUCAGAGAGACCCGCGAAAUGGCCAAGGCGAAAAACUGUUCGUCAUAGAGGAAUUAAAUUGGUUUUCCAAGAACGCUUAUAACUUGGGCCUUAAGAAUAUACACGAAUGGCACCCGGCUCAAAGCAUCCGUAUCUUCCAAUGCUGCCUCUCGAUAAUUUCUCAAUACCCCCAAGACAUUCCAGGCCAAGCAGCCGACGAUCUCUCGUUACGUGCGAUGUUCUGCCAUUUUCUGAUAGCGACUGCAUUCAUCGCGCUGGCUCGGCCUGAAGACAGCGUAGAAACGCAACUCCAGCACUAUCUUACGAUGCGUAAUCAUGUCAAAGGUUUCGAUACUGCGUUAGAAGCGCGAUUGGAAAAUCUAGAUGAAGUAUCUAAGACCGACCUUCAAAUGAAGCUUUCGACACUUCUAAAUCUAUCGGCCUUCCAGGCGAUGGCGGACUGUAUUCUGCGAGCACAAUCCGUCCCUGGACAAGUGCUCUAUUCUACUCUACGCAAGAUCAUAAACCAUAUAUUUUCUCUUGAGUAUUUCGACAAUGGAAAGCUUGCGAAGUAUUUACGAUGUCUACUCAAGGCUACGCUGGCUUCGGAACCCGAGUUUCCACUGAAGAUCAUGGAAGAUAUAUGUAGGCUUGUGAAACAAUGCGCAGCUAGUCAACAGCCGAUCUCUCUAGAAGAGGUAGCGUGGUUCACAACUACGGCAUUUAAUCACGGCGUAGACUUAUACGGUACCAAUGAAGAUGAAAGCAGUAAGAAAUGGAUUGCUCACGCGUUGACAUUAGCACAUUAUCACCAGGAUGGCGGCGAUUUAGAACGAGAGCUCCAAAAGAGGCAGAUCAAUCUCAAGUGGGAUGCCUAA